CAAGCAUUGCCCAAAUAUUUCUCGUAUGUUGCACAUGUAAAGAUAAAGUCUGGAUGUUUUGGUCUACUUUCCUGUCAUAACUGGACUAUUGUUUCCUCUAGGUCCAUCUGUCUGACAGGAAAGGUAACCUACUACAAUCAUAGAAGCCUCUCUGGUGUUACUGGAAGAAACCACUGCCAAAUAGGAAACUUUGAAGGACACAUUGAUGAGAAACAAGUAUUUAAACACAUCAAUGAGAGAAAUGGCUCCAUUUCCAGCAAAGAUAUCCAAGAAAAAGAAAAAGAAAAAAAGGACAAGAGUAAAACUAAGUGCAAGCCUAAAUUCUUGUUGCACGAUGGCUGCCGUGAGACUGCUAUCUUCACACUAAUGCACCAGAGUAAGAAAAAGAAAAAGGCAAAGAAGAAAACCAAAUUGGAAGAUGAUGUCCAGCAAGUUAAUAAAUCAAAAUCCAAAAAACAGCUCAAACAACCUCACACAGAGGAUAUGGAAUCUGUCAUCUAUAUCUCCCCUGAUCAGGAGGUAAUACAUUCAACCGAGAGUGGGUGUCAUAAAAGUGUGAAAGAGAUGGUCAAGGACACAAGUAAAAAGAGCAUCAUCUUUAACUUGCCACCUGAGCAGAGCCGAACUACAAAGGCAAAGGAUGAAGACUUUGCCAUCGGACAAUUGGAUAGUUCAGCUAUAUUCGUCCCAAGACCUGUUUGCUCUGGAAACAUGAGCAAUGGCAAGCAGCUUGUAGUGGAAAGCAUCUUGAAACCCCAAGCUGAAGAAAUUAACAGCCAAGACCUGUUCAUCACACAGAAAUCAUUCUUGGAUCCAUAUUCAGAAUUCUCCAUCAGUGCAAGCAGAAAUGAAGCCAGUACUGUGACGACGCAAGCGAACCAUUCAUGUAGGUUGACAACUGAGGCAGCUACUCAAACUGAAAACUUUUUUACCUUCCCAGAGCUCUCCAAUUCCCUCAGGUUUCAGCAGCAGCUGAACAUGUCCAUGUUCACGGAGGAACCAUUGGACCUGAGCAUGCCCAACCGAGCAAGACAAACACCAAGCUCAAUCGCCAAGCAUCCUACUGUAGAUUCUGUGAAUCUGCCUAAGCUGAAGGUAUCAGACACAUCAAGUGAGGAUGGUGAUGUGGUGUCUAAGGCCAAAGGUGACUUGUCCCAGCUGAAGGUCAUUCAGACCCGCCUGAACGAGUCCUUCUUUUUUAAGGUCAAGGGUGAUGACUCACCGAAGCCUAUAUGUCCCUUGAUGAAGCUCAAAGAAAAGGCUGAGACAAAAAUGAAGAAGUAA